AUGCACCGCCUGGGCAAGGUGGCGCGGCGGCGGCGCGAGGCGGAGCCGGGCGUGAACAAGAGCGUGGUGGCGCACCCCUGCUACCAGACGUUGGUGGCGCGGGUGGAGGCGCUGGUGCCACACUACCAGCCGCGCGGCCUGGCCAACACGAUGUGGGGGCUGGCGGCGCUGGGCGACGUGCAGCGCGCUGAGCUGGCGCGGCGCCUGGCGCUGGCCAUUGUGAGCCACCGUACCGCGCAGUACCGGGCGCAGGAGCUGUCCAACGUGGUGUGGGCCAUGGGCACGCUGGGAGUGCUGUGCCCCGAAGCGCUGGACCCGCUGCUGGAAGGGGUCGUGUCCCAGAUCGACGACUUCAUCCCGCAGGGGCUGUCCAACAUGGUGUGGGCGUGCGCGCACCUGCGCAACGGCACGCGCGGCUGCAUCGGGCCCACCAUGGGCGGCAACCCGCCCACCCACGUGCCCCGCGAGCUGCGCCCCGCCUGGCACCCGGCCCCCGCCUUUCUGGAGGCUGUGGCGGCGGCAGCCACACGCAAGAUGCCUGACUUCCAGUCGCAGACGCUGAGCAACCUGCUGUGGGGCUUCUGCAAGCUGGAUGUCUACCCGCAGCAGCUGUUUGAGGCGUCGGCCACGGAGCUGGUGGAGAGGUUCCGCACCCCCGAGCUGGCGCGCCAGUUCCGAGCCCAGGAGCUGUCCAACUCGAUCUACGCCUUUGCCCAGGGCAACAUCAUCCACGAGCAGCUGCUGGGCGCGUUUGAGCGUGAGCUGAGCACCAGCUGGGUGGAGCUGGAUGGGUCGGGGCGGGAGCGGCGCGUGUCGCGCCUGGACGACUUCACCUCCCAGGCGCUGGCCAACACGCUGUGGAGCUUCGCCUACCUGCGCUGGUACCCGGUGCGGCUGCUGGAGCCCAUCACGCGCGCGGUGGGGCGCAAGAUGCACACCAUGAGCAGCCAGGAGAUCUCCAACUCCAUCUGGAGCUUCGCCAAGUUUGCCUACCACCCGGGCCCCGUCAUGGCUCAGUACCAGGUGGAGGUGGUGCGCCGGGUGGCCGAGUUUGACGGCCAGUCGCUGACCACCACCAUGUGGGCCAUGGCCGCGCUGUCGGCCACGCACUGCGAGGCGUUUGUGAAGCUGGUGGAGCGGUUUGUGGAGCUGGAGCGCGCGGGGGGGUUCCAGGAUGUGCAGUACAACCAGGUGCUGCAGGCGGUGCUGCUGGCGCAGUUUGAGCAGCAGCGGCGGCCGGGCGAGUUCCGCGCCGACAUCGACCUGCCGGACGACAUUGUGGACACGGCGCUGCAGGCAUGGCAGGCACAGCAGCAGGCGAGCGCGGCGGGUGGCUGGGCCGCCAAGCUGUCCUCCUUCCAGCUGGAGGUGAGCGAGGCGCUGGGGCAGCUGGGCAUCGAGCACGAGCUGGAGUACCUCACCGCCGUCAACCUGCUGUCCGUCGACAUUGCCAUCGUCAAGGGAGGCAAGAAGGUGGCUGUGGAGGUGGACGGCCCCUUCCACUUCUCCGUCAACACCAGCUCCCCGCUGGGCCAGACCAUGAUCCGCCGCCGCCUGCUGCGCGCCGUGGGCUGGACCGUCAUCUCGGUGCCCUACCACGCCUGGUACUCCCUGCCCCUGGACCAGCGCGCCGUCUACAUGUCGCGCCUGCUGGUGCGCAAGGACGCCGCCUUCCACGACCAGAUCAUGCAGGUGUCUGAGGACCUUCUGUCGACUGAGCGCCUGGUGGACAUGGGCUAUGUGGAGCAUGUGUCUGAGGAUGAGGGGGAGGGGCAGGAGGCGACGUCAUCCUACCACGCGCUGCGCGCCGCUCCCGACGGCGGCGCCGGCGCCGACGAGCGCGCGGGCGGGCGUGAGGGGGAGGGCAGCGGCGGCGCGGGCAUCACUCUGGGCGGCAUCAUGCAGGCCGCCACCGUAGGCGACUCUGGCGGGCAGGCGGCGCCCGCCCAGGGAGCGGCGGCGGCGGCGGCGGGUGUCACAGCAGCUGGCGCUGCGGGCGGCCGGGUGGGGGGCCUGGGUCAGGAUGAGGAGCAGGCACAGGCGCAGCAGGCGCAGCAGGCGCAGGCGCCGCACCUCCAGUCGCGGGCGCUGCAGGUGGACCAGGUGGACCGGGAGAACCCGCUGCGGCCGCGGUACACGGACUUCUCGGGCAAUGUGCUGGAGGGUGUGGAGCCUUACCUCCUGCACGCCUCCCCGCCUGGCUACUCCUACCCCGCCGCCCGCCGCUCGCCCUCCCCGCCGCCCCCAGCCGCGCCCGGCCGGCGCGCCACCAGCGACGCCUCGCGGCCCGCCGCUCGGCGCAACCCGAUGGCGCGGCAGCAGCGGCCGCCCGGCGGCAGGUGGCUGCAGCAGCCUGGCGAGCUGCCGGGGCCGCCCAGCGGGCAGCCGAGGCAGGCGGCGCCUGCGGGGGCGCCCCAGCCGGCGCCGCCGCCGGCCACCGCGGCGCCGCCGGCCAAGCCUGUGCCUCGCCUGAUGCGGGCGCCGCCGCAGCCGCUGCCCACGCGCCAGGGCCCGCUGCCGUGGCAGGCGCCCGCGGGUGCGGGGCCGGAGGGGCAGCCACCCUCGGCGGCGGCGCCAGGUGCGGCGCAGGGCGGCGGGCCGGCCAAGGGCCUGCCCGCCACGCCCGCUUCGGUGCGGCACAAGGCGCAGCGCCGCGCCAAGCCUGCAGGAGCCGCCAAGCCGGCGGCGGCGAAGGCGGAGGCGGCGGGGGCGGGGCCGCCCUCGGGCGCCAGCCACGUGCUGCAGCUGGCCGCCAGGCUGUCGCUAGCUGACCUGCGGCGGCUGUGCGACACCAAGGGCCUGCCCUCGUACGGCACCAAGGCGCAGCUGGCCAGCAGGCUGGUGGCACAGCAGAAGGCGGAGGCGUGGGAGCAGCGGGAGCAGCAAUGA